GGAGAAAAGCCUUUUCGAUGUUCCCAUUGUGAUAAGGGUUUUUCUGAAAAGACUAAGCUUACUAUGCACAUUAAAACACAUAAAGGAGAGAAACCAUUUAAGUGUUCCCAGUGUGAUAAGGGAUUUCCUAAUAAUAGUACUCUUAUUCGCCAUUUAAGAACACACAGUGGGGAAAAGCCUCAUCGAUGUUCCUAUUGUGAUAAGGGAUAUUCUCAAAAGAAUAAUCUUACUAGUCACCUUAGUACACAUACAGGAGAGAAACCCUUUAAGUGUUCCAGGUGUGAUAAGGGAUUUCCUAAUAAUAGUGCUUUUAUUCGCCAUUUAAGAACGCACACUGGAGAAAAGCCUCAUCGAUGUUCGUAUUGUGAUAAAGGAUUUUCUCAGAAGAAUGACCUUACUAUCCACCUUAGAACACAUACAGGAGAGAAACCUUACAAGUGUCCCCAGUGUGAUGAAAGAUUUGGUUAUAGAUAUCAACUGACCCAACAUUUAAGAACACACAGUGGUGAAAAGCCUCAUCGAUGUCCCUAUUGUGAUAAAGGAUUUUUUGAAAAGUCCAAGCUUACUAGCCACCUUAGAACACAUACAGGAGAGAAACCCUUUAAGUGUUCCCACUGUGAUAAAGGUUUCUCUCACAGAAGUAACCUUAGAACCCAUUCAAGAACGCACAGUGGAGAAAAGCCCUUUCAAUGUCCCUAUUGUAAUAAAGGAUUUUUUGAAAAGAAUAAGCUUACUAGGCACCUUAGAACACAUACAGGAGAGAAACCCUUUAAGUGUUCCCAGUGUGAUAAAGGAUUUUCUCAAAAGCAUGACCUUACUAUCCACCUUAGGACACAUACAGGAGAGAAACCUUUAGAGUUUAUCCAGUGUGAUAAAGGUUUUCCUCUUAAAAGUAGUCCUAUUAUUCAUUUAAGAACACAUGGUGGAGAAAAGCCUCAUCGUUGUUCCUCUUGUGAAAAAGGAUUUUGUCAAACGAAUGAGCUUAUUAGCCACCUUAGAACACAAACAGGAGAGAUACCCUUUAAGUGUUCCCAGUGUGAUAAGGGUUUUUCUCGUAAAAGUAACCUUAGAACCCAUUCAAGAACACACAGUGGUGAAAAGCCUUAUAAAUGUUCCUAUUGUGAAAAAGUUUUUUCUUGCAAAAGUAAUCUUACUACCCAUUCAAGAACGCACACUGGAGAAAAGCCUUUUCAUUGUCCCUAUUGUGAUAAAGGAUUUUCUCAAAAGAAUCACCUUAUUAGCCACCUUAGAACACAUACAGGAGAGAAACCCUUUAAGUGUUCCCAGUGUGAUAAGGGAUUUUCUUACAGAAGUAACCUUAGAAGGCAUACAAGAACACACAGUGGAGAAAAGCCUUCAUUGCAAUGACGACCUUAGUCAUUGCUUUGUUUUCGUUCACAU